GUGAUAUUUUUUGUUUACGUCGACAAAAUGCACCCUGGAAUAUCGAGGUGAAAGCCUGUCCUUAGCGCCCAAACCCCUUCCUAUCCAGUUGAGAUUGAUCGACCGUUCCAGCUGAUCACUCGUUGAUCAGCCUGACAGCUCAGAACCUGUGUCAGCGAGGAUAGCCCCCUGCGUGCCGCAAUGAUGGCAGGUAUACUAGGAACCAAGCUCUCUCCAGCCUUGAGUGAUUACAUUCAAGGCAUCGAUGUGCAGGCACUCUCGCGGAUUGGUGCUGAUCGCCUUUCAGAGAGGGCUAUUCCCAACAUCGGACUCAUAGAGCUUGUCAGUGCGAGAGACUUCGCAAGCAGAUAUGACGCGUUGUACAUCAAGGAGUUUCCAAAACAAGCCGAACGGGAGCGUACCGAUCUCAUCAUUUCACGAUUGACUGCCCAAUUUGCCGGCCAAAGAGUCGGGCUUGCGCCUUAUCACGUCGUAGGCAUCCGUGAUAGCAAAGGUGAUGCUAUAGGUGCAGCUCAAUUUUCCGUCUUGCCUGUCAAGGACAGUUCAUUUGCAGUGCCGUAUUUGCAAUACAUAUAUGUUCGGAGGGAGAAUAGGCGUCAGGACAUGAGCGAGGUUCUUCACACCAUGACGCUUGCAAUUACGCUCGCGGAUGCCAAGAAAAUGGGUAACAGAACAGUUCCUUUUACACUGUUUGAGACCGAGCCUCCCGGUUAUGGAGAUGAUGAAGAGAGCAGAGCGUUCAGUCGAAUGCGGGCGCAAGUCCAUAGCAAAGGUGGUGCAACUGCCGUUGUUCUUAUGAAAGAAGGGCAACAGAUUAGCCCACACGUACAGCCGGGUUUAGAGGUUGGUGAUCCGCCAUUGAGCCUCGUCUGGGCGAUCAGAAAGAGCCCCUCACCAGGCCAUGAGUGGAACAUAUCAGAUAUCGGCGACAAACUCAUGGCUGCAUACUAUCAAAGUCUAAGAGAUGAAGGGUUUCCAGAAGAAAACAUACGGCUCGCGGAAAGCAUCGUGAAAGAGAGGUGUAAAGGCUCGACUUGGAUUCUAAUCCCCCUGGACGAGGUGACUUUCCAUAUUGUUUGAAUGUAUGAUACAAUUUUGAUAGGUAAAAAGCUUUUGAGC